GGGACCCGAGCUGCGUAUCUAACUCUUGAUCGCAGGGAUGCUGGAAGUAGGCUCCCUCCUGGAAGUAUGUCCCGGGGCUGGGAUGUACCCUUGGGUCUCCCUCUCCCCCUCGCACCCCGGCAAUCCUGCACUGUUUCCAGGUCCAGGGCUCGUGGGACCCCAGCGCGGCGUCUUCGUCGCCGCCCCGUUUGCACAACUCUGGCACCGAGAAAGGGGACCCUUCUAGAACUGUCUUGGGAACGGGGUGCAUGACAGGCCCGCUCCCAACCUCCGGCUCUGGCCCAACCUGCCACCGACCCUCACUCUUAGCAAAAGUAGUUUUGGCGAGAGGCGGCGUGGCGGCCGGUGCCCGAACGUUUUUGCGGCGUGCGCGUGUGUGUGUUGGGGAGAUUAGGACGCGACUUGAAUAUUUAUGAGCUUUGCUCGACACGGACUCGCCGUGUUUACUUGGCUCUUUGUUCGUCCCCCCUCCCCCGGCACACACUCUCACACUCACUCGUACCCGCACCCUGGCCUGCAAACUUGCACGGCUCGGGGCGCGCCGCCGGGUGGCCUCGGCCCCCGCCCCGCCCCGGGAGCUGCCCCAAUGAGGCGGCAGCCACAGAACGGCGACCUCAAGAAGCAGCUCCACGAAAGGCAGCCACGGAUCGCAGCGCUCAGCGACAAACAAGCUUUGGGAACCACCACUGCAGUGCCUGUCACGGGUCCUCAGGUCAGCUCCCUGCAGAGGUUGGCCGGGCAAGGAGCAGCAGUGCUACCUCAGGUUAGGCCAAAGACUCUGAUUCCAGACAGCCUCCCUAUCACCCCGGGCAGGGACCGGCCACCCAAGCAGCCCCCAACAUUCCAAAAGGCCACUGUGGUCAGCAUCAAGAACCCAAGCCCAGCCCUCCCCACUGCCAACAACACCGUCAACCAUGUGCCAACAUCCAGCAGCCAGACCCAGGCCCUCACCGAGUCCACCGCCAUCACCUCACCCCUGAGCAGUGCCGGGGUGGCCUAUGCCAUCGUCUCCACCUCCCCCAGCAAUGCUGCCACCAUCACCCCCAGCACCACCGUGCCCGUGGCCAGCGACAGCAUCAAAGUGCAGCCCCUCCUCAUCAGUGCUGACAAAAAGGUCAUCAUCCUUCAGCCUCAAGUGCAGACGCAGCCUGAGAGUUCAGCAGAGCCCCCGCCACCCACGGAGGAGCCAUCUCAGGGAGCUCAGGCCACCAAGGAAGAUCAGCCCCCCAGCCAGGAGAAUCCUGAGAAAAUCGCCUUCAUGGUAGCUCUAGGCCUGGUUACAACGGAACACCUGGAAGAAAUCCAGAGCAAGCGGCAGGAGCGGAAGAGGAGGAGCACUGCUAACCCUGCCUAUAGCGGCUUCUUGGAGACCGAGAGGAAGCGGCUGGCCUCCAGUUUUCUCCACAACCCCCUGUUCCUCACAGCGCGAGCCAAUGAGGACCCCUGCUGGAAGAGCGAAAUCACUCAUGAUGAAUUCUGUGCUGCCUGCAAACGAGGAGCCAGCCUGCAGCCCUGUGGCACCUGUUCGGGGGCCUACCACCUCAGCUGCCUGGACCCGCCCCUCAAGACGGCACCCAAGGGCGUGUGGGUCUGCCCUAAGUGCCAGCGGAAGGCCUUAAAGAAAGACGAGGGUGUGCCCUGGACUGGGAUGCUGGCCAUUGUGCACUCCUACGUCACACACAAGACAGUGAAAGAAGAGGAGAAACAGAAGCUGCUGCAGCGUGGCAGCGAGCUGCAGACUGAACACCAGCAGCUGGAAGAGCGGGACCGGCAGCUGGCCUCAGCUGUGAAGAAAUGCCUGGAGCUGAAGACAAACCUCCUGGCUCGCCAAAGGGGCACACAGUCCUCACUGGACCGCAUCCGAGCCCUUCUGAGACUGAUCCAGGGUGAGCAGAUGCUUCAGGUCGCUAUGGCAACCACCAGCCCCACCCCGCUUCUGGCCGGGCCCUGGAACAAGCCUUCUACCACCACCAUGCGUGCUGCCCUCCAGCAACCCCAGAACCAAAACUGACCCCAGGGACCUGUCUAAGAUUCAUGGAAAGUUACUGGGACCUUGCUCUCAAGACCUGGGGGAAUCUGUUGGCCUUAAUUCAUAAACUCUAUGAAUUUUAGACAAAAAAAUAAACUAGACAGAGUGAUGGAGGAGAGAAAGGAGUGAGGCGAGCAUCCUAGAGCCAGAACCAGCAUAAGGUAGAUCCUUAUACCAGCUGCGGGGGGGCACCUGAAGGCCACGUGAGGCGCAGCUGGCCCUCACCCUCAGCUGUCAGG